CUUGAUUAGAUGUGCCCCACCAACCGCCAUAGUUGCCAUUCAUCUCCACCCAUCGUAGCUUGUGUGUCAACUCAAACCUACACGGCCCGAACGCCAGGCAUCGCCCCAAGUAGCACUUUCUCGGUAGCUCUUAAAUUCGCACUUCUCGGUUGAUCGCCGUUCGAUCGCGGCAUUCGCAACCAUCGUUGGGCGGCACCGCGCCAUGGCGCAUGGCAAGGGGCGGGCGCCGCAAACGUGGUGGGGAUGGCGGAGACCCGCCGAUCGCCCGGCGCCGCUGAGCCCACUCGCUUCCGUCGUGGGCGCGGCCUUCCUCCUCCUCGUCUCGCUCGCCCCCACCCCUCACGCCGCUAGUGCGUCGCGUGGCCCCGUCGCGCUUCCCCGCGGCCGAGAUUCCGACACCUGGCAGCGCGUAGCCGACAGGGACAACCGCGCAGGCAGCGACUCGCGAUACGUGUGGCCGGAAAGCGCGCAAAUAGGCGGAUCUCGUGCGGCGAGACGAGGAGAAGCCGGUGAAGAGCCGCGCGAGGUGGAUGCGAGGGAGCGCGCACACGCGUGGAGGUCGCCGCAAGAGCUGCUAGCGACCUCGCCGCACGCACGCGACCCGCGGCCAGACGCGCUACUAUCGCGGAUGGAACGGGGAGAGGCGUCGCGGCGGCGGCGUCUGAGCAUGUCGUUCCUGCCGCGGCACCACCCCCGGCGCGCCCCCGGCACGUGCUGGAGCCGAUUGGAGGCGAAGAUGUACUGGACGGCGGUGAAGACAAAGACGGCGCCGUCGUUCGUGGAGGCGCUGGUGGCGUACCGCAAGAUGCACGCGCGCUGCAUCAACGGCGUGCGCGACUGGGAUGCUUUCUUCCGCAACAAGGACAACGGGCAGCACCCUAACGUGGACUUGGACGGCUGUAAAUACCUCUUCUGGAUGGCGCCCGGCUAUGCUGGGCUGGGUAACAACCUGAUGUCGCUGGUGUCGGCCAUGACUUACAGCCUGCUGACGGGCCGUGCCAUCAUCAUCGCGCCCGGCACCGACAUUGCCUCCUUCCUCUGCAACCCCUUCGACGAAUCCAACUGGGCCAUCCCCGCCCGCGACUACAAGCACGUGUACCUGAUGUUCCAGAAGCAGCCGCGCGUGGCGGAGUUCGCUCGCAUGGCUGCCAACGGUACGCAGUGGAGCAAGAAGGCCGCCUUCGCUGACCUCAGAUUCUCGUACGGCGAGGAAGACUGGAAGUUCUUCUGUGCGGGCGUGCAGGCGGCCAUAGCGGAGGCGCGCUUCGUGGCGUUCUACACGGACGAGUACACCGUGCCCGGCUUCUACAUGCUGCCCACCCUGCAGGCCACCCUGGAGGAGUGGUUCCCUGACGGCCGGGUGUUUCUGCACGUGGCGCGUGCAGUGCUGCACCCGGCCAACUACAUGUGGCAGCGCAUCACACGCGCCUUCCAUGCACAUCUCAAGCACCACAACCGCCGUGUCGGCAUGCAGGUGCGCACGUUCUAUCGGCGGGACACGGACACGAACCCGCGCAUCCUGGAGUGCGCGGUGAACGUGUCGGGAUACCUGCCACGCCUCUUCUCCAACACACAGUGGGACGCUCUCUCCGCCAAUCCCGACAGUCGCAUGCAGGCCAUUCUGCGCAACCCGUUUCCUCGGUCUGUGGCGGUGCUGCUGACGUCGCUGUCCCAGCACCACAUGGACUACCUGCACGAGGCCUUCGCCACGCAUGAGACCGUCGACGGCACCGUCGUCGCGCUGCACAGCGAGGGCCACGAGGGGCUGGAGAGUGCAAAGCAGAGGCAGCAUGAGAAGGCCUUCCUUGAAAUGUGGCUGCUCAGCUUCAGCGACGAGCUGCUGGUGUCGGACAUGUCGUCGUUCGGAUACAUAGCGUCAGGGCUGUCGGGGAUCAACCCCUACUCGCUCAAUAUUGGCUUCCGCACCGCUGAGAACCUCAACUGGUACACCAAUCGCCGCCCCGUGUGCGCGCGCUCUUCCUCCGAGCCCUGCUUCCUCUCGCCGCCCGAGUUCCUCAAGUGUGAUGAUUCUGAUGUGAAGAAGGAGCUUUUUGAACAAACCUCCAAGAUUAGAAAAUGCUUGAAUAUUAACAGAGGAAUUGAAGUGGAUAUUCCACUCUUUUGAACUUAAGUGGAUAUUCCACGCUUUGAGAGGGUGUAUAAAUUUGCCUACAAAGUCGUCCAACGACACCAUGUUUGUAAGUUGAUGUUGCAUAGCCACCUAGUCAUCAAUGAUUUGCCGUUAACAUGGGUAGUAAGCAGGGCUGAUUUUAUCAGACUAUUUUAGUCUGAUAAUGUGAAAUUUCAGACCAAUUUUUUUACCGA